AUCCCACCUGCCGAUCGCUGGGUAUGCCUCCCAAGGUUGCGACACCCACGUCAUGGAAGCACCCAGCAGGCAUACCGGCAGUGUCUGGACAUGUCACUCUGGACGAGCCGUCAAGCAGUCGCAGAUGUGCUUGGGAAGAGCUCCUUGGGAGGCCUGCGUAAUUCUCCUCAUACCAAUCCGCCUUGUGGCCAUCUUGUUCGUGUUUCUCCAUCAUUGGGUCCUGCAUGAGCAUCCUUCAACCAGGAGAGAGACCUUGCAACGCUUUCUUCCCUCCCCAUGCGGGAAGCAAUGCCACCAGGCCAAGCUUUCUUGGUGGCUUCUUGGUGCACGGCAGUGGUUCCGCUGAGCCACGAUGCGCAGAGCUUGGACUUCCCGUAGGAGGGUCACCACAAAGGGCACGAACUUCCUCCUCAACCGCACAUUUGACAUGGCCAAUGUCUCUUCGUCGAGACUCUCCACACACUCUCUCAAAUGGUGGGACUAAGCACAACUAGGCCAGCCCACUCGUGGGACCUGAAUUGUGACAAAGGUUGUUGCGAGCCGAGCAAUGCACAGCCAGUCUUGGCUCGGGGAUAUCCUAUUAGUAGUAGAUCGUCCUGUUGUUUCAAUGGAAUACUCUUCUGGCCUUGCCGAA